AUGGCAGAGCCAAAAAAGAAACAAUGGAUCCUCAACGCCUUCGCCAUGCAAGCUCCCGGGCACCUAAACCCAGGCCUCUUCAAGCACCCCGCCGACACAUCCCGAAACUACAAAUCCAUCAACCAUUGGAUCUCCCUCGCCCGCGAGCUCGAGGCCGCCAAGUUCCACGCCAUCUUCUUUGCCGACGUCCUCGGCGGAUACGACGUCUACAAAGGUCCCGCGAACCUCACCCCCACCAUCCCCGCCGCCAGUCAAUUCCCCAUCAAUGAUCCUCUCUACGCAAUCCCUGCCAUGGCCGCCGCAACGGAGAGUAUAGGUUUCGGAGUCACGGCGAGCACAACUUAUGAAGCCCCGUAUCUGCUAGCUCGAAAGUUUUCGACAGUCGAUCAUCUGAGUGGGGGGAGGGUGGCGUGGAAUAUCGUGACAUCGUACCUCGACUCCGCAGCAAGGAACUUGGGAUUAGAAACGCAGGUGGAGCAUGACGAGCGCUACCGUAUCGCGCACGAGUAUCUGCACGUCGUGUACCAGCUCUGGGAAGGCUCGUGGCGGGACGACGCCGUCCUGCCGCCGGGUCACCCUUCAGGUGCCUACGCGGAUCCGGAGGGUGUGAGACAGAUCCGGCAUCAGGGGAAGUACUUCACUGUGCCCGGACCGCAUCUGUGCGAGCCGAGUCCGCAGCGCACGCCGUUUCUGUUUCAGGCGGGCACGUCGACGGCGGGGAGGAAGUUCGCGGCUACGCAUGCGGAGGCCAUCUUUUUGAACGGGCAUACCCCUGAGUUAGUCAGACCUAGUGUGGAGGGCAUUAGGGUAGAGGCGCAGAGGUUAGGGAGGGAUCCAGCUGAUAUCAAGAUCGUUGCUGGGGUGCUUGUCAUUGUGGCUGAGAAUGAUGAAGCUGCGAGGGAGAAGUAUGAAGAGUUGGCUGCGUAUGGAGAUCGAGAGGGCGCGCUGGCGUUGUUUGGAGGCUGGUCAGGGUAUGAUCUGAGUAAGUACGGUGACGAUGAGGAUUUCAGGUUUAGUGAUAAUGCGCCGCCUGCGGUGAGGAGCAUGGUGAAUCAUUGGGCGGAAGUGAGCCCGAAGGGUGUAGUGUGGAAUAAAAAGACGAUUGCGGAUUGGCUUGUCCUUGGAGGUAAUGGAGCGAAACUCAUUGGAAGUCCGACGACCGUAGCGGAUGAGUUGCAGAGGUGGAUCGAUAUAUCGGGUGUUGAUGGCUUUAAUCUGAGCUAUGCAAGUGUGCCGGAGACGUUUCGAGAUGUUAUCAGAUUAUUGAUUCCAGAGCUGAGGAGACGGGGUGUCUUUUGGGAGAAUUAUGCAGUGCCUGGAGGGACAUUGAGGGAGAAUUAUUUUGGGAGGGAUGGCGGAAGGAGAUUGGCGGAGAACCAUCCAGGGGCAAAAUAUUUCUGGAGGGCUGGGGAGCAGGAGCCUGCGUAUGCAAAUAAAAGGAUUGAAAAGUCAGAUGCACACGGAGGUGACAUCGCUGGAGAAGAAGCAAAACUCAAGGAAAAGGUUGGAUAUGUUCCUGUCCGGACCCCUUUGGUUUUGUCAUGGCAGGAUAGAGAAAAUGCCAUGCGAGCCCCACGCGAUAGGCGUAGAACGCGGAAUCAAGCAUGCAAUCUGGUGGGUAGAUGUCGUGCGAACAUGCUAGAGCCUCGCUAUGUUCCGACGGUGCCAGGCACUGACCAAUCGUGA